AGUGCAGCCAUGGAGGUGAAGGGACCGCAAUGACGUGAGAUUUCUGAUGGACUCCGGAAGUGACGCCAAAGAAGUACAGCCAAGGAGGUAAAGAGACCGCAAUGAUGUGAGAUUUCCGAUGGACUCCGGAAGUGACGCUAAAGAAGUGCAACCAUGGAGGUCAAGAGACUGCAAUGAUGUGAGAUUUCCGAUGGACUCUGGAAGUGACGCCAAAGAAGUGCACCCAUGGAGUUCAAGAGACAGCAAUGAUGUGAGAUUUCCGAUGGACUCCGGAAGCGACGCUAAAGAAGUGCAGCCAGGGAGGCCAAGAGACCGCAAUGAUGUGAGAUUUCCGAUGGACUUCGGAAGUGACACCAAAGAAGUGCAGCCAGAGAGGUCAAGAGACUGCAAUGAUGUGAGAUUUCCGAUGGACUCCGGAAGUGACGCCAAAGAAGUGCAACCAUGGAGGUCAAGAGACUGUAAUGAUGUGAGAUUUUCGAUGGACUCCGGAAGUGACGCUAAAGAAGUGUUGCCAUGGAGGUCAAGAGACUGCAAUGAUGUGAGAUUUCCAAUGGGCUCCGGAAGUGACGCCAAAGAAGUGCAGCCAUGGAGGUCAAGAGACUGCAAUGAUGUGAGAUUUCCGAUGGACUCUGGAAGCAAUGCCAAAGAAGUGCAGCCAUGGAGGUGA